AUGAUCGUCAACUGCCCUUUGGCGUCUCAUCCACGAAUCCAGUUCUACGGCUACGACGAUGCGCAGACAUCUGCUCGUCGCUGCGAUUGUGGUCCUCGCCAACGGUACGAUAUUGAUCAGUUUUGCAAUUUUUCUUUGUGCUCUGAAUUCAAAGAAAUUGUGCCUCUAUGGAAGUCUGAAUCCAUAAUUACCUUCACUUUGAGAGCAGCAAAACCGAGGGUAAAUUCGCAAUUCAACAUCCCGAUACCAUUCGGUAAUAUUGGCCUGAAAAAUGCGGAUGGAAAUCUAGAAAUCGCAUCGAAUGAAGGAUUCAACCUGUUUGGUUACGGAGGAAAGCGAAAUCUGAAGUUGGUCACUGAAAAGGGCACUUUCCACAUAGAAAAAGAGGAUAUUGGACUGGUGAAUGGCUCCGAAUUUGGUGGAUCUGGUGCGUUUAACUUCAACAAGGAAAAAGGUAUCCACGUUGGACAAAAUGUAACGUUGGGUGAUAGGACGAUUGUGGGUGGUCCUGGACGUGAAGGGAAUUUUCUCACAGAUUUGUUGAUCGCAAUCCAGAAUCUCACGAAGAAGCAGUCCUAG